AUGGCAGCCAAGGUUCGAGUUCGUCUUCGCGUCCGCAAAAGGUCAUCCACUACCAAGUCUGGUCGUCUUGUUCGAGCAGUCAAGUCGAAAACCUCGACUAUCGGCGCAGUCGUCACUACCACUACUGCGAAGCCGCCGACCAAAGCUGCUCCGAGUCAAGCUACAAGACUCAGAGUAAUAACCAAAGCUAUCAAGACCACCAAUACUACCAAGACUACCACCGCUUCUGCCACCCUCUAUUUGAAAAAUGGUGUCUUUGGCAAUCCUUGCCGCAUCUCUACCAUCAAAAAAUCAGUCGCUCUAGCAACCGCUGCCCACCUACCGCAUCAUUUAGUCGCACCAAAGAUCGUUCCACGUCCCACCACCACCGACACCACCCGGUCUCGAUCCAGACCACCUCGCCAAGUCCGCCUCAAGACUGGCCGCUGGACAAAAGCAGAGGACAACGCUCUUUACCAAGGUGUCGUUGAGUACUUAGCCCAGUUCGGGUUAGAGCCUAAACCUCUCGCUCAUUUGCCGCUCCACGAAAACGUCAAAGAAGAAGAAGACAAGGAGGUUAAAGAUGGGGGUACAGCUGUGAAUGAGCACGGGUGCGGGGGUAUAGAUGAGAAGCUGCGCCCGAGUACAUUGGAGCGGAUCGUGGACGACAGUCGUCGUCGAGUCGAAUAUGACGCUGCAGUAUGGAAGGCAUCGGCGGCCGCGUGUCAGUUGGGUGAGAGGUACCGCUCCAGCACCAACCAUAUUUUCGCAUCUGAGAGUGACUCAGUGAGGGAUCGUGAGAAUGACACGAGUCUGUUUGAUGAGUUGGUCGACGUCUCUCGGGAUAAUUUCCUAGCUGAUAGUGGCCAGGAUGGCUAUCUGAAUUUGGAGUCACGAGCCGGGCAUGGGCACCACACCCCUCUUCUGCUGCCUUUCCACGUGAGCUCACUCGUGGGGGAUGCUGAUGCCGACAAGGGUACCAGAUCCACUGCCGAAUCUGGGUUUCUGAAUGGGAAUAUUUUUGUUCGCACGACAACGAGACCACCACCAACCAUCAGGCCCCAGGAAACCUGCAUCGACGCAUAUAACGAAAACACUCAGGUAUCCGAUGACUACCACAACUACAACAACCUACCCCACCAACACCUUCAACAGCAGCAGCAGCGCACUCAGCUCCAGCAGCAGUACAGCCAACACGUUCGUCAUAUCAACCAGGUCUACUCAGACCAGAAUCACCACAAGCAGCAACAGUACCAGUGGUCACCUCUCCCCCGGUAUCAGCAACAAAAUUACCAACAACAACCGCAUGGUCCCGGCGACCAGCAGUACGGAGUCCCAAGCAUCUAUCCACACUGGGAGGAGGCACCCUAUGAGACGCGAGCAGGGGAUAUCUGGUUAGCGCCGAUCAAUGAAGUGAACUCGAGGACCCUUGAACUUUCAAUGGCAGCAAACCGCGGAGAAACUUCAGGCUCUGGCGCUGCCUUCACAACUGAGGGAGGUUAUGGUCGAGCGAGGUCAAACACCAACCGGUCUGCGACCGCCGCUACUUCCUCAGCAGCGAUCGAGACAGCAUUGUUCGGCAAGCUCUUCUCAGAUACAACCAACACCAACACAUUGUCCACCUCGCCUUCACCAACCAUCAUCACCUCCACAUCCACCCCCACACCACCACCCUGUUACAAAACCCAAGCCUCCUACGCAUCCGCAGUAUCCCGCCGCCUAACAACUUGCCCCUGGUCCCACAUCGCCACCCUCGCCGUGCCCGGGCGCACAGGCGUCCAAGCCCAAGCACGAUGGUCAGAAGCUCUAGACCCGCGUGUCAAGAAAGGUCCCUGGUCUGAAGAUGAAGAUGCACUCCUCCUUGAGGGGGUGGAGAGGAGCGAUAAGUGCUGGAUUUGGAUUGCAGAUUCGAUUGAGGGGAGGACCCAGAGACAGUGUCGGACGCGGUGGGUCCAGUUGACAAUUAAUGCCGAGCGGAAGGCUGCGUUGGUGGCUUUGGAGGGUGUUACGGAGUUUUGA